AUGGGGCAUAGGCGAUGGUUACCUCCAGAUCAUCCAUGGAGAAGAAACAAGAGACGAUUCAACGGUGCGCAGGAACUAGGUGGUCCUCCCGAAUUCCCGGAUGGUGAUGAGAUCAUGAGACAAUUAGAUGGUGUUGUUAAUCGGGCAAAGACCCGACAGAAGCUGCCCCCUGGGGAAGUUGAUUGGAAGAGGCGAAGUGUCUUAUACGAUUUGCCUUAUUGGAAAGAUCAAUUACUACGACAUAACAUUGAUGUGAUGCACACCGAAAAAAAUGUCGUUGAUAACAUACUUGGCACGCUAUUGGACAUGAGUGGUAAAACUAAAGACAACCUCGAAGCACGUCAAGACUUGCGUAAGAUAAAAUUGAGACAAGAACUUCAUCCAUUUACUGCGGAAAACGGCAAAACACUUUUCCCCGCAGCUUGUUUCACAAUGACAAAAAAAGAGAAGACUGACUUCCUGCAAGUGUUACAUGAUGUUAGAGUGCCAGAUGGAUAUUCUUCAAAUGUGUCACGUUGUGUCAAGCUCAAAGAAUGUACUAUUGGGGGUUUGAAAAGUCAUGACAAUCACAUAAUCAUGCAACAAAUCAUGCCAAUUGCACUUCGAGGAACCUUAUCGGAUGAUGUUGUGAGGCCUUUAAUCGAGCUAUGUGGGUUCUUUAGGGACAUUUGUUCAAAAACACUACGGGUGGAAGAUCUAGAUCGUCUAGAGAAUCAGAUACCCAUAAUUAUGUGCAAAUUGGAACGAAUAUUCCCUCCGGGUUUUUUUACAUCCAUGGUGCACGUAAUUAUACAUUUAGUACGUGAAUGCAAACUGGGUGGACCGGUACACUACAGGUGGAUGUAUCCCGUUGAGAGGUGCCUUGGGAGAUAUAAACGUACCGUUCGUAAUAAGGCUGCACCAGAAGGGUCUAUUGCAGAGGGUUACUUUGCGGACGAAUUGUUGACAUUUUGCUCGCGCUAUUUAGUAAACGCGCCAACGGUUCACAAUAAGGCUCCGAGACACCAAGAUGAAUCGAGAGGGGCGAGGAAUUGGAUAAAACUUGAUAAGAUCACAUUUGAGCAAUAUAGGAUGCACAUGGAGUCGCUAAUGGAAUCAAACAAUAGGGAAUUUACAUCACAUCAACAAUUGGAGAAGCAACAAAGGGACCAAUUCUGUAGCUGGUACAAGUCAUACGUUGAUAAGUUGGACAAGGCAGAUAGAAUAGAAUUGGGAGAGAAACUUGUAACUCAUGCCAAAGGCCCAAUGUUCCAUGCUAUAGAAUAUAAGCGGUAUGUGGUUAAUGGCGUUUUAUACCGUACCUUGGAUGUCGACGAAGAAAAAAAAAGUCAAAACAGUGGAGUGUGUGUCACCACUGAAGAUGGUCCCACCUACUACGGUAAGCUAACUCGAAUAAUUGAGGUUACUUACUACGACUUGACGCGGUAUGUGCUUUUCAAAUGCGAUUGGGCCGACAUUCAACUGAAUAAGGGAUACAAAAAGGACGAAUAUGGAUUCGAUCUUGUAAAUUUCAAGAACCUAAUACACACGGGUGCGCGAAUCACUGAUGAUCCGUUCGUACUACCAAAUCAAGUAUCGCAGGUGUAUUAUGUCAAGGAUCCCAAAAAUCCAAAUUGGGUUGUUGCUGUAAGGACAAAACCAAGAAAUGUGUACGAUGUUGGCAGUGGUGAAAGUGAGGAUUAUGCCGACGUUGACAGUUAUCAUGAGACCGAGCCUUUCAACAUCAACGUGACGGGAGACGUCGGUUUUGAUGACAUUGAUUGUGCACGUACUAAUGUACCGCCCAUCGUAGCAACAUAA